UAAGUAAUUGACAGGAAGUAGAACAAUAAAAAUAAAUAAAACUAAACAAAAUUUAAGAAGGAAUGCUGAUUUAGCGUAACAUUUACAUUUUAAAUUUAACCAUGGAAAAAUACGAUACAUCUCAACUAACAGAAUUCCCACGAUUCGAAUCAGAAUCAAAUCAGAGCGGUGUGACAACAUUUUUUAAUAAACUUUGGAAAUUGCCCCUUUUUUCACCCAAUGAAACAACUGAGGAAACUGAAAAAUCAUCGGGCGAGAGGAAACAGUCCGAUGGUCAGCCUGAUAAUGCUAGAAAACAGAGCUUUGAUGAUACGAAGACAGAAUCUGGUAGUUAUGCAGUUGAAUUUGAAGGACGAAGUUUGCCCAAUGUUUUACAGAGAAUAAGCAGUUUAAUAGCCUUGGGUUCUGGGGGUGGUACAAGGUACGCGGAUACAGAGUUGGCUCGCUACUGGAUGCCGGAUGACAUCUCUCGUGAGUGCUACGAGUGUGCGGCGCGCUUUGGAGCCUUACGCCGCCGACAUCACUGCCGUGUCUGCGGUCAGAUCUUCUGCUCACGAUGCUGUAGUCAACGAGUACCAGGUCAGAUAUUUGGUUGUGCGGGAGGUCUCCGUGUAUGUACAUACUGUUGCAACGUAGUACUCAGCUACUUACGUGAGAAUGAUGCAGCAGGUGACAUCUCUCCUGACUUACGUACAUUGCAAGAGAACUUACAGGUGAAGUUCCCAGACAACAAGGCAGCUGACAAAGGCGGUGACAAUUUCAUGUUCGCACGACAGCAGGAGGAGCGCCCGGAGCCGCGCGCUGACACCACGGAGUCCCUACACGAUCUGAUACGACAGCUAGCAUUCUCAUUGCCAAUGCAACAACACAGAUUUCGUCUGGUGAGGUACAACAGCGUAUGGCGCGGCUGUGACGUCAUGCAGUGGCUCAUGGACAACACAACUAAUAAAACAAGGGCGCAGGCGGGCGCGGUGUGCCAGGCUCUCCUGUCUGCGGGACACCUGGAGAGCGUGACGGAGCCCCCGCACUUCGCGGACUACGCCCUGUACAGGCCCGCACACCAUGACACACAACAUGACACACAGCCUGACGACAACAAUGACAGUGGUGAGGAGUGCGGCCGGCUAGUGGAAAGUGUAUCCUCGUACUGCUUGGACCUGAACCUGGGAGACAGUUCUGCCAGGAUCACCAAAGCUACCAAGACGACAGAGAGCAAAUCGUCACCUCCAAGUGAAGAACAUCCUAUAUUAGAUCAAAAUGAAGGUGGUGAAGCAGCAGUGCUGUGCCGGUUGGUGGAGCAGUCAGGGACGGAGCACCUGGCGCUGCUGCUGCGGCAGUGCCUGGCGCGCGCCGCACUCGCGCCCUCCUGGCUCCAUGUACUGUACCCGCUCUGUCAGCAGGCUGCAGACAUCAUCCUGCCGGAUAUGUACGGGAAUGACAUCGACGUACGUAACUACGUGCAGGUGAAGAAAGUGCCCGGCGGCGCCCCACACGACAGCUGCCUGCUGCAGGGCGUUGUGCUCACCAAGAAUGUCGCACACAGAGGCAUGCCGCAGGAGAUCUCCAACCCGACAGUGUUGUUACUGGACUGCUCCAUCGCGUACCAGCGCGUCGAGGGCAAGCUCACCUCACUGGAGCCACUCCUCAUGCAGGAGCAGGAAUAUCUAGUGCGUUGUGCGGCACGUAUAACCGCACUGCGGCCCAAGGUGGUGCUGGUGCGCGGCGGUGCGGCGCGCGGCGUGCAGGACGCGCUGCGUGCGGCGGGCGUGGCGCUCGCCUCCAACGUGCGCGAGCGUGCACUGCGCCGCGCCGCACGCUGCGCACACGCAGACCUCGUCGCCAGUGUCGAUGCCAGGAUCGCCACACCGCGACUCGGAACUGCUAACCACUUUUAUGUUAAGAAUUUCUCAGGCAAAACUCUAAUGGUAUUAGAAGGCUGCGCGGAGCCACACCUCGGCUGCUGCAUCCUACUACGAGGUGCCUCUCUCGCUGAACUGGUCAGAGUCAAGAAGGUGGUCAAGUUCAUGCUAUUAGCAUUCUACAACUGGAAAUUCGAGAAGGCGUUCCUGGCUGACAUAGAGGCGGUGCUUCCCGAACCUGGGAUGUCUUUCGGUGACGAGGAAGCUGAGUGUGCGAGUGAGACGGAUGUACAAGGAGAAAAUGAGAGACAAGAGAAGGAGAGUCUUUUUAAUGAACCUAAGGAAGAAGAUAAAUCAAUGGAUGUGAAUAAAAGUGGGAAAACUGAUAAUAUAAUAGAUGAUAUGGAAGAUUCUAAUAUAGAACUAUUCACAAGGAACAAAACUGAUACUAAAUCUAUUACCAGUGAACUGAAUGAUAAAGAAGUGAAAAAUAUUAAAGAGAACGAAGAAAGUCUUAAAGAGCAAGAUGAUAAUGAGGAAGUGAUGAAACCCUCAGGUCGGAAGACAGAUGGUGAUAAGAAUUUGAGUUGCGGAGUCCCAAUUAGAGAUUUCAGUGACCCAUUACGUGCGACAUUGUCCAUGGAUGAUGAGGUCUUCUUACCUAAUGAAGAAGCGGAAUUAAAAGCUGAUUCCCAUAGCGAAAGAUGGUGUACAGAUGACGCGGUGCUUUCGAUGUCUCCGAACAUCGUGAUCCCAGCACCGAGACUGCCGCUGCGCGUGCCGCCCCCCCACACGCCGCACACGCCCCGCCCCAAGCGCCGCCCACAGACACGCCCACAACACACGCACCUACUACUCAAGGAACCUCAUCCGUUCAUCAAGAUGGCAAUCAGCAGCCCAGCAGAGGAUCCCCGGCUGCGCGCCGCACUCGCCAACUACCGCGCGACUGGAGCACGUGUAGCCAAUGGCACACAUAAACCGGAAUGUCCCCAAUACAAGCCGUCAGUGGUGAAGCCCCCGGAAAGUGAGGGGGAGGGGGAGGAGGACGGCGAGGGCGGGGCCAAGGGCGGGGCGGGGGCGGUGCCAGAUCCCCUCGCCCCCGAGCAGCACCAGCGUCUAAGCCUGUUGCUGUACAGCUGCAGCGACAAGUCUGCUAAUGUACCAGACUUCUGUGUCAACCCAUGGAUAGUAACAAUGGAGAUGUACGGACGUCACGACAUCUCUUUGGGGGCGUUCCUCGAGCGGCACUGCUUCGACGGUGACCACCGCUGUCCCUCCGCCAACUGUCAAGUGCCCAUGAACAGACAUCUCAGGAGGUUCGUGCACGGCGAUGCUUGCAUCACAAUAACGUGCAACACGAUAGGUCACAGUAAUGUCGACAACAACAAACAUCACUCCACAGAGGUGCGCGUGUGGACGCGGUGCGAGAGAUGCGGCGCGCGGUGCGGCGGGCGGCGGUUGUCUCGGUUGGCGCUGUCGCUGUCUCUGGCGCAGUACAUGCGACUGCGGCUGAGCGCGACGCGCUACGUGCGCCGCCGCCUCUGUCCGCACCCGCUGCAUGCGCACGCGCACGCAUUCGUCGCGCGACUCACCACCGCGUGCUUCAGGUACAACAAGAUAUCGAUGUACGACAUCCAGCUGCCGCCUGACGUCAUCUCCAUCAACUACGACACGAAGCGCAUGCGCGACAAUCUUAUAGCACAUCUCAAUGAACUCAUGCUCAAAGGUCACGAGACAUUCAGCAGUGUGUCUGCGGGCGAGGUGGAGGAGAAGGAGCGCGAGUACUCCGCCUUCCGCCAUCACAUGGACAACAUACACCUCGCCCUCACCUCCGCCAGCCUGCACGAACACGUCACACUAGCAAGCGUAGUUCGUAACCUAUGGAACGUGUCAGAUAAUAUGAUAACUGGAGAGCGAAUGCUGCGAGACGCGCAGGACAAGUGGUCCAGUCCUAUUUCUAAGAACAAACUGCAAACUGAACUCAACCAAGAAGACAAAGAAGUUGAUGACACGAGUGUCGAAACUGCUGCCAACGAUAGCUCAGAUAGUAUAUCAAAAGAAAUAGACAAAGAACAUAAUAUAGGUACAGAAGAGGACGAGGAGAAAGGCGAUAAGAAAACCGUGAAACAGAUACUGUCACAACUUUUGUCCAGUAACCAACAAGCCAAUCAGAACGGUAUAAUACUGUCGAGCGGCGUGGUGCCGGUGUUGGUGCGUGCGGGGGACGUGGGGUCUGUGAUCGCGGCCACGCUCGCCUCACUCACUUACCAGAAGACGUUGCGUGCGCAGCGGUACAGUACUCAAAGUGAACAAGAAGACGGUGAAAGUACUGCAGCUGGAAAGGAGAAGAACGACGGAGAUAAAACAAAAUCCAGCGCCGCCAAGUCUCACGAACAUAUAGAAGUGCUCCUAAAGGACGGUCUGGCGUGCCGCGUGUACUUCGCGCUGCAGUUCCACGUGCUGAGACACGCGGUGCUGGCCGCGCCCGGAGCACCCGCCCCGCCCACCACAUGCUCCUGCCACGCCAAGGAGAAGGAUGGUAAGAACGUGUGCGAUGUGGAGGAGGGGUUCAUCAGAUCGUUGGCGCAGUGCGUGCCGUGGGCGGCGCGCGGCGGCAAGUCCGGCUCCACAUUCUGCAAGACUGAGGACGACCGCUACGUGCUGAAAGAGAUGACGAAGCCGGAAUGGCAGCAGUUCCUGGAGUUCGCGCCGCACUACUUCUCCUACGUCAACUCCUGUCGCCUCAACAACCAGCCCAGUCUCCUAGCACGCAUCCUGGGCGUGUUCAGUGUGGGCGGGAGCGGCAGCGGCGUGCUGGUGAUGGAGAACGUGUGGUACGGCGCUGCGGGACUACGCUUCGACCUGAAGGGCACCGCGCGGCCCCGCCUCCCGCCCGCCGCCGCCCCGCCCACUGCACCCCCCACACACGCCCCCCACACCCCGCACGCGUCCCUCGCCGCGCCCACAGUGCUCGUCGACCUCAACCUGCUACAUUUGCGUUGGGAGCGGCAGCUGUACGUGCCGGGUCACCAGUGCUGCGCGCUGUGGACGGCGCUGGGACGUGACACAGCAUUCCUGGCCGCCAGCGGGGUCAUGGACUACUCCCUGCUGCUCGGCAUACACAACCACACCCUCGUGCUCGGAGUCAUAGAUUACAUCCGUACCUUCACAUGGGACAAGAAACUGGAGCACCUGGUGAAGAAGAACCUGGGCUCUGGUCAGCCGACUGUGGUGUCUCCGGAGGAAUACAGGCGCAGGUUCUGUGCAGCUUGCCGCAAGUACUUCCUGCAGUGUCCUGCUCACUGGGACCAUCUCUACGACAACAUGGAUGCUGCCUAGCUCACAGACACUAAUUGCACUCAGAGACGUAAUUAGUCACUAAGGGAGCUGCGUCACUAGGGGUCAUUAGGGGAACAGAGCGAGAAACCUUGUCACUGGGGGAGCCUGGUCCCUAGAGGUGCCUUGUAACUGAAAGCGACCCUUAGAUUUAUAAUAAUAAAUCUACACAAAGAAAGAGUACUAAAGGACUGACUGAGGGCAACAGUUAGGAUAGUUUUUUAUCAACACUAAGGGAUGUCCUUAGGUAACCAUUUAUUCUCUAUCUUAGAGAACUUGAUUGACUUGUAAUUUCAUUAAGCAAAAAGUGGCUUCUACACUUGACUCUGUCAAGUAAAAUUAUUUAAUAAAUUAUUAUUGUAAUAAAAGAGUU